CGGGGGGUCCCGCGAGGCCGCCGCCCCCCCGGCUGAGGCCGCCGCCGCGCUCGAGGCCCAGUUCAGCUGCCCCAUCUGCCUGGAGGUCUACCAGCGCCCCGUCCGCAUCGCCCCCUGCAGGCACACGUGAGGGGCGCGGGACCCCCGGGGGGGGCGGGAGAGGCAGGGCGUGACGGGAGGGCGGUGCGGGGGCGUCCCUCCCCCCUCCCGGAGCUCAAAGCAGAAGGCGCGGUGUUAUCCCUACAACAGCCCCGCGAGAUUCUGCGGAGAGUGCCUGCAGCCUUGCCUCCAAGUACCGUCUCCUUUGUGCCCACUCUGCCGCAUGUCCUUCGACCCCAAGAAAGUGGAGAAGGCUUCCAGCGUGGACAAGCAGUUGUCGUCCUUCAAGGCCCCCUGCCGGGGCUGCACCAAGAAGGUGACGCUAGCAAAAAUGAGGUCGCACAUCACGUCUUGUUCUAAGGUUCUGGAGCAGAUGGCCAACUGCCCAAAGUUUGUUCCCGUCGUCCCCACUUCCCAGCCCAUCCCCAGCAAUAUCCCAAACCGAUCCACGUUUGUGUGCCCUUAUUGUGGAGCACGAAAUCUGGACCAGCAGGAACUGGUGAAGCACUGUAUGGAAAACCACCGCAAUGAUCCGAACAAAGUGGUUUGUCCUGUCUGCUCAGCCAUGCCUUGGGGUGACCCCAGCUACAAGAGUGCCAACUUCCUUCAGCAUCUUCUCCACCGGCACAAGUUUUCCUACGACACGUUUGUGGAUUAUAGCAUUGACGAAGACGCGGCUCUGCAGGCGGCUCUGGCCCUGUCCCUCUCCGAGAACUGAAGGGGGCUGCCCAAGGGCAGCUGGGAACAGUGGGCGGGGUCAUUUCUACAGGCCCCCUCCCUCCCUCCCUCCUGGUGCGGAGGCUCCGUGCUCGUCCUUCCCUCGGCCUCACCCAGCGAGGAGGCAGCCUGCGUCCACAGCUUCCGUCCUGCCACGUUGGAGUUGAGUGGAACCAACCUUCGUCUUUCGCAGUGGAGAGGUGAGCUAUCCUGAGGCGCCAGCCGGCUGGACGGGGAACCGCAGAGGUCGCCACGCCACCCGGUUUGUACUGUGGGGUGGAUGUUCCAUAUCAACGUACAGAAGGGUCUAUUUUAUUGGGAUGCUUUUAAUAAAACUUUCACACCGUUGGCCCUGGUUCCAUUUGUGGUUUGCAAUAGCAACGACGCAUUUUGUGGAUAACUCUCUUGAUUGAUUGAUUUAUUUUUUAUUCAACAGUGUGUUAACUCAUUCAGGGUUUUUAACUUUAAAAAAAAAAAGCAUGGGACGUUGAAACUUUAUAAAGGGACUUAUUGUGUCGAUUGCCUGCUGUUGCCCCUGAGGCCAAGAGCAGCCCUGGUCUAGAACCUCGAGUGGUUUUGCUGAUGAGCAUUCCAGAAAUCCCCCCCCCCCCCCAAGAAGAGGCAGAGGUCGGUUGUCCCUGCCCCGCGAGCUCCCUUCUCUCUUCCCCCCGCUUUCCCUGGCUGGCCUUUCUCAUUUUGUAAUGGCUUUUGUGAUACUCUAGAGGUUCUUGCUUUUUUUUCUACAUCUCUCAACGUGACAAUGUCCUUUUCACAUUUUAUAGAGGAAAAAAUACAAAGCAGUUAACUCUUGAUAUUGCAAUAUCUGUGUCUGACUAGGAACAAUAGUAUUUUUAUGGAGUAUUAUUUUUUAAAGUCUAUUUUUUAAAGAAAAAAAACCAGCACCGGUUCAAAAACUUCAGUCUGGUCAUGGGGGGGCGGGGGGCAUGUUGGGACCUUGGACGGAGGAGGGGGGCUUCCUUUUAACACCCCACCGAUGUACUUGGGUUUUGCUUUUAUUGUUUGCGGGGUGGCUUUUUUCUUUCCUCUUAAGGAAAAAAAAAAGAAAGGUCUUUGUUGAACUGACCUCUGAAAUUCUGUUUCUCCGCGUAAUAACUGUUUCUUUUUAGAAGCUAGAGAGAACACAAGACCAUUUUAGGUGGUUGUAAUCUCUGUUAGAUCUGCUGCCACAACGUGUGUUGUCCAGGUUUUACACCACUGGGUCAGUGGCUCUUGAGUAGACUUGACAGGAAUAAAAAACUGUGAAUAA